AUGAACGCGAUCAAGAAACGCCUGCAGACCCUGAAGAUCGAGAAAGACCUGGCGAUGGACAGGGCCGACAUGUGCGAUCAGCAGGCGAAAGAGGCGAAUCGACGCGAGGAGAAGCUCAGGGACGAGGUACGAGAAUUGGCGAAGAAACUGUCGCAGAUGGGGCGCGACUUGCAGCUGAGCAAGGCACAGUUGGAGAAGUCGAACAGGGACCUCGAUCAAAAAGAGAGGGUCUACAUAGUGACUCAGUCGGAGCUGGCGGUUUUGAACAGAAAGAUGCAACAGUGCUUGCAGAAUUUAGAAAAGUCCGAGGAACGUCGUUUGAUCGCCCAGACGAAGCUGGCCCAGGCUAUGGAAACUGCGGAGGACGCGAAACGGAUUUGCAAAGUACUGGAGAACAGGAGCAAGCAGGACGAAGAGAGGAUGGACCAACUGAUGGCGCAGCUGAAGGAGGCGAGACUCAUCGCCGAGGACGCUGACACAAAAUCGGACGAGAUCUCUCGAAAAUUGGCGUUCGUCGAGGACGAACUGGAAGCUGCCGAAGAAAGAGUCAAAUCGAGCGAGGCAAAAAUUAUGGAACGAGAGGACGAGCUGUUCAUCGUUGGCAACAUAUUAAAGUCGCUAGAAGUAUCCGAAGAGAAGGCCAAUCAAAGGGUGGAAGAGUUCAAAUUGCAGUUAAAGGAAUUGAAAGCGAAACUGAAAACCGCCGAGAAGAGGGCGAUCAUCGCGGAAAAAAUGGUAAAAGUAUUCUCGAAAGAGCUGGACGCAAGAGAAGACUUUCUCUUCAGAGAAAAAGAGAAGUACAAGUACAUCUGCGACGACAUGGACUCCACAUUCGCGGAACUCACCGGAUACUAG